AUGUUUCGUGUAUUUGUUCGUCGUAAUUCAACUUAUGCACAUGUUUAUCGAUUAAGUAUCGAACAUCCAGAACAAUUUUGGAGUGAACAAGCACAAAAAAUUUUUUGGUUUAAAAGAUGGAAAAAAGUUUAUGAUAAAAAUAAUCUUAUUAGACCUCUUUGGUUCCACGAUGGACAUCUUAAUAUGACAUAUAAUUGUCUUGAUCGACAUAUUUCAAAACAUGGUAAUCAAACAGCUAUUAUACAUGAUUCUGCUAUGACUGGUAAAGUAGCUUAUGUAACAUAUAAAGAACUUUUACAACAAGUUAAAACAUUAGCAAAUGUUUUAAAUAAAAAAUAUAAUGUUAAAAAAGGUGAUGUUGUAUUAAUUUAUAUGCCAAUGAUACCUGAAGCUAUUGUUGCAAUGUUAGCUUGUGCUCGUAUUGGUGCGAUACAUAAUCUUGUUUUUGGAGGAUUUAGUGCUAAUGAAUUAUCAGUUAGAAUUAAACAUUCAGAACCUAAACUUCUUAUUUCUGCUAAUGUUGGAUUUGAACCUCAACGAACAAUUAAUUAUAAAACAAUUGUUGAUGAAGCUAUUAAAAAAAGUGGCAUUAGUAAUAGUGCACUAAAAUGUAUUAUAUUCAAUCGAUCAGAAGGAAAAUCAGCAGAUUUAAUAUCUGAAAGAGAUCGAGAUUGGAAAGAUGUUAUGGAUAGUGCACGUGAUUAUAGUGAUUGUGAACCUGUUGAAUCUAAUCAUCCUCUUUAUUUACUUUAUACAUCAGGUACAACAGGUACUCCAAAAGCAAUUGUUCGUCCAACUGAUGUUGGUUUACGAACAGAAGAUGGAUUUAUUGAAGUAUCAUCUCGUGCUGAUGAUGUUCUUAAUGUUGCUGGACAUCGUUUAUCAAGUGGACAUAUUGAACAAGCUAUUAUUGAAAGUGGAAAAGUAUCUGAAUGUGCUGUAAUUGGUUUAAAAGAUGAUAUUAAAGGUCAACAACCAUUUGCAUUUAUUGUAUUAAAUAAAAACGAAGAAAAUACUGAUCCUACAGAAAUCGAAAAAGCUAUUGUAACAACUGUUCGACAAGAAAUAGGUCCUGUAGCAGGAUUUAAAAAAUUUAUUUGUGUUAAACGUUUACCAAAAACACGUUCAGGAAAAACUGCACGAAAUACAUUAACUGCUUUACUUGAUGGAAAAUCAUUUCGUAUUCCAAGUACAAUUGAAGAUGCAACUGUUUAUGAUGAUUUACGUAAAGAACUUUCACAAGCUGGUUAUAAAAAUCUUGG